GAGCUCCUCCCUUUCCGGCGAGCGGCGGCCCGGCGGCUCCUUCUUCUGGGAAGGCGGGGGCCGCAUCCUCCACGCCCCUCGGCCGCUGCGCUGCUGCUCGCCGGCCUGCCCGCCUCGCCCCUCGCCAUGUCCGCCCUGGAGAAGCAGCUGCAGCUCGGCCGCCUGCCCGCUCGCCCGCCGGGCCCCGCCGGAGGCAGCGGCCAGGCCCCGCCCAAGAUGCGCAUGGGGCCCGGAAGGAAGCGCGAUUAUAGUCCGGUUUCUUGGAACCAAUAUUUUGAAUCGAUGGAAGAUGUGGUGGUUGAGACCGACUCUGGCAAGGAUACUUUUCGAGUGUACAAGAGCGGUUCCGAAGGUCCGGUGUUGCUCCUUCUUCACGGUGGAGGCCAUUCUGCUCUCUCCUGGGCCGUCUUCACCGCCGCCAUCGUGAACCGUAUCCAGUGCAGGAUCGUAGCUUUGGAUUUAAGAGGACACGGGGAGACGAAAGUGCGGAGUCCCGAAGACCUCUCUGCGGAGACCAUGUCCAAAGAUGUUGGCAACGUGGUUGAAGUCAUGUAUGGCGACCUCUGCCCUCCCAUUAUGUUGAUCGGACACAGCAUGGGAGGGGCCAUUGCUGUUCACACAGCAGUGUCCAACCUGGUACCGAGCUUGUUGGGCCUCUGUAUGAUCGACGUCGUGGAAGGGACGGCUAUGGAUGCCCUCAACAGCAUGCAAAACUUCCUUCGGAGUCGCCCGAAGACGUUCAAAUCUCUGGAAAAUGCCAUCGAAUGGAGUGUGAAGAGCGGACAGAUCCGAAAUCUCGACUCCGCGAGAGUGUCCAUGAUCGGCCAAGUCAAACAGUGCGAAGAAGCCACGAGCCCCGGCGGCCCCCGAGCCAUCGUGGAAGGGAUUAUAGAAGAGGAAGAGGAAGAAGAGGAAGAGGACGGCGAAAACGGGCAAUCUCUCAACAAGAAGAAGAAAGAUGACGAUGUGGAGACCAAGAAAGAAGCUACCUACACCUGGCGGAUUGAACUGGCCAAAACGGAGAGAUACUGGGAGGGCUGGUUCAGUGGUCUCUCCAACCUCUUCCUCAAUUGCCCUGUUCCCAAACUUCUGCUUUUGGCAGGUGUUGACAGACUGGAUAAAGAUCUCACCAUUGGCCAAAUGCAAGGGAAGUUCCAGAUCCAGGUUCUCCCACAGUGCGGCCACGCAGUCCAUGAGGAUGCUCCAGAGAAAGUAGCGGAAGCCGUGGCAACAUUUCUGAUCCGUCAUAGGUUCACGGAGCCCAUCGGCGGAUUUCAAUGUGUUUUUCCUGCUUGUUAAUACCCCACCCUGGCGGGUCCUUCUGCGACUCUUGUAAAUAAACCAACAUUGGAGGCACCGUGGCAUAUCCCGUCUCCUUCCCAUCAUCCGCUCUGACCCAUCGGCACAAAUCUCAUCGCGGAGAAACCGGGUCUCCGGCUCGGCUCGUUUUUUUCCAUUUCUCCCACCAUUUCAUCCUGGCUGGGCCACCCUCCUCCCCCUUCCUUCGUCUCGUUCCCGAGAUCAUCAAGAGAUCCUGGCUUGUUUGUUCCUUAACUCCUCUCCCGGCUGCUAAUCCGGGAUGUCGGGUUAAACUCCGGCUUUGGGAAAAAUCUCGGCAAACUUUCCUCGCUUCUUCGCCCGCUCCCCGCUCGUGUGUAUACGUUGCCACCGUUUUUUCGACAGUCGAGGUUUCAUUCUCCCACGCAUGAAGGAGGUGGGGGCGGACUUCCCCAAACCGGGCGCCACCCAAACGCACCCGGCGCAACAGUUUCCCAAAUUCCUAGCUAGCCACUGAUUCGGUUGCAACCCCCAGCAUGUCUGAACAGGCUGGGGUAGCCUCACCUGGUGCAUUGUUUUCUCUGUGUCUGCAGUGUUUGUGCACCUUAAGAUGGAGGGAACUAUAACUCCCAGAAUUGUGCACCUUAAGAUGGGGGGGACUAUAACUCCCAGAAUUGUGCACCUUAAGAUGGGGGGACUAUAACUCCCAGAAUUCCCCAGCCAGCAGAGCUGGCUGGGGAAUUCUGGGAGUUAUAGUCCCCCCAUCUUAAGGUGCACAAUUCUGGGAGUUAUAGUUCCCCCUGCGUCUUUAAAGCUGCCAAACAAACACGGCAUUAGGAAGUCUGGCACAGCACAACCAGGAAAGGAAGCUGCCCCUGUUGAACUUCCGCCUGCUUAAAUCAUUUGCUGAUCCUUCGUCAAAACCGAUCCCCUCCCUUGUAGCUCCAGAUCCGGGAAUGCAACCAAUUUUUUUCCGCAGCCACAAAAGGUUUCCAGAUGUUGCCUCUGGAACCACUGGCUUUCCCUGGGAGAUCAGGGCCCAAACGCCUUCUUCCCCUUCCGAAUCCGUCAACGCUUUUGGUUUGGGAACAAGGAAGGGGGAGGGGGGAAAUCGGGGGGGGGAUUGAAGAGAGGCAUGAUUCGGGGCGGUUGCAGACCCCUCCCCUCCCCUCCCCAAAGCCUUGGCGGUUUUUUCCCCCCCUGUUCUUCACCUCUGGUGGCCAAACCGUUUUUUUUGGGGAGUGGUGCCUUGAAUCCAAAUAAAGUGGAAAGAAUCUGCAAAAAA